AUGCAGGUGUAUUAUAAAGAGGGUUGUAAGCCCCAAUUAAUUAGUUUUGCUCUUAAGGGUUUUGAUUGCGCGGGCGACGAGGUGCUUGUGGAGUCUUCGCCGCCCGCCUCUCCCGUCAUGGCGGCACAGCUGGCACAACCCACACAGGGCACCAGCAGUAGUACAUCGCCGAGUGCCGUCCGGGAAUUAAUUGUGAUACCAGAGAUUAGCAACGGGAUAAAUUUGCAACAUGCAAUACAACAGGUGUCUACAUCAGGCGUGGAAGUAAACGGAGACAGUUCGGGACAUUCGAGCCCCAAUAACGAGACACAACAUACUUAUAUCGUAGCGAACAAUGUGAAAGAGGAGCCCAGUGAAGACUUCAGCGGUGAAAGCUACGAUGAAUGUGAAGGCGGGAAUGGCGUAAACUAUCACGUACAAUAUGUGGAGCCGCAAGAGAUAUACGCACAAGGAUCGCAGCAGCAUAUGGAGACACUUCGAGCGUAUCCAGUAUUCGGAGUGGCGAAUGUCGAGACAGUGGGCGAAGGGAGCGCUGAUAAUGAAUGGGCGGGCGAAUUCUCGUUCACUGACAGCGCGGGAACCUCGGGCUCGAGCAAUGAGCAGCCCACGUCUCCUGCCCCACCUGCUCGAAUGCCGCCCGCCACUGUGCAGUGGCUGCUCGAUCAUUACGAGACGGCUGAAGGCGUGUCUCUUCCCCGUUCGACUCUUUACGCGCAUUACUUACGGCACUGUACCACACACCGCCUCGAGCCAGUGAACGCGGCGUCGUUCGGCAAACUCAUACGUUCGGUGUUCGUUGGGCUGCGUACGCGCAGGCUGGGAACCCGUGGGAAUUCGAAGUACCAUUACUAUGGGAUACGGGCUAAGCCCACUGCGCCGAGAGACUCGCCCACGUUCCCUAAUAAGUUGGAUAUGGAUGAACAACAUGAGGAUGUGCGUCGUGAAGAUCAAGGCCCGGUGGGCAUAAGUGGGUCAGCUCACCGCCAGUACUUGGGAGCCGUGAUCCCACCGGACCCACCAGAUAUCUUCAUCGACGAUCUGCCUGAUGAUGUGCCGAUCAAUGCUGCACAGCUUUUGCAGAUUCAUCAUCGAGAGCAUGGCAUAGAGUUCCUAGAAGCCGUCGCGGCGUUGGACACGUCUGCCGUAGAGCGCGCUCGACGCAAUUUCUGGAAGCGUCCGCCGGGCGAACUAUGCCGACGUGCUCUAUACAAAUUGGCCACGCGGCGGGAUGUCGCUGUGUGGCUGAGGAAGGCCGAGUUGCAGUUGUACCAGAGAGCUGUGGAUCUGCUGUUGCCUGAUGUGUUGCGGCCUAUACCGUCGCAGUUGACUCAGGCGAUCCGUAAUUUCGCUAAAAGCCUGGAAGGGGCUCUGGCGGGUGGGGGCAGUGGAGCCCCGCCCUUAGCCCAACGGGCCCAGAGCUCAGCAGCGGCAGCCUUGGCCGGGGCUCUGAGGCGGUACACUUCGCUUAACCAUCUGGCGCAGGCCGCCAGGGCAGUGCUCACUAAUCAGCAUCAGAUACAACAGAUGGUGUCAGACCUGAGCCGCGUGGACUUUCGCGUGGUCCGAGAGCAAGCGGGCUGGGCCUGCGCCUGCGGCUCUACUCCCGCAGCUCACAAGCUGGAGGCUGACUUCAAGGCGACAUUGGGCCGCGGCGCAACCCUAGAGCAAUGGGCGUCGUGGCUCGAGGCGUGCGUCCGCGACGCCUUAGCGCCGCACGUCGGACGUCCGGACUACACGCCGCGCGCGAGGCGACUGCUGCUCGACUGGUCGUUUUACUCCUCGCUCGUUAUACGCGAGUUGACUUUGAGAUCGGCAGCGUCCUUUGGCUCCUUCCAUCUGAUCCGUCUGCUCUACGACGAGUACGUGGCCUUUCUCAUCGAGAAACGCGUGGCGGCCCAUCGCGGGGAGCCACCUAUCGCGGUUAUGCAGCGGGCUUCGGACGACGACGACGAGUUGCCCGAAGAGGUGUCCCGCGAGGAGGAGCUGGAUGGGGAGGGGGAGUGGGAGUGGGGGGAGGAAGAGGAGGACGAAGAGGACGAGGGGGAGCCCAAGAGGGCGCGUCUUGAUGAAUAG